GCGCGUAUGAAUAUAUAUAUAUAUAUAUAUAUAUAUAGAGUUUCCUCCUUAACAUUGCUCUCCAUUAGUCUGAUCUGUGUUCGUUUGGCUACCAAGCUACGGCCUGCAGAUACCACCUGCAGAAUUCGGAAGCUUUCCGGCCCGUACUCAUGACUUGAAACAAUAUCAGCUGGUUCAAUCGAUCAAGCAGGUUCUAAGAAGCAAUUUAAUGGAAGCCCUCUUCUUGAUGAUGGAGAUGAUGAUCUAGGGUUUUUGGACUGGUUAUUUACAAACUAGCCUUGAAAAUCAAGAUAGAUCAACCAUGAUGAUGAGGUCUAAAAUGGCAACAACGGAUACAUACCCAUACCAACCUGAUCAGCUUUCACAUCAUGCAGUUGUCGUUGCAUUUCUGAGUUGCCUCUUCUUUAUCCCUUUCGAGAUUAUGAGUGCCCUUAACGAUCAUGACAAAGACAUCGUGUGGUGGUCUAUGCAUGUCUGUUUGAUUGGAUUCUUCUAUUUCUUUCGCCAGACAUUGAUAGCAGAACCGAGCUAUUCCAAUUUCAAUAAGUGGUAUUUCUCUUGGCUUUUUGUGGCAGCUGUGUAUCAUUAUCCUAGUACACACUGGAUGGUAGCCUUCAUGAGAAUGAAUCUGUCGUUAUUUUUGACAACUUUUGCUUCUUCUAUUCUGUGUCUUCUUGUCUUCCACUCUAUUUUUGAUGGCUUUUGCUACAUCCUUUCACGUACUGAGAUUCAAAAGUGGCCAGACAUACGGAUCAUUCUCCAACUUUCUGCUGUUGUCAGUAUAGCCUGUUGUUUUUUCCUAAGUGAAUGUAGAGAUGAGAGACCGCUGGAACCAAGAAAUUUGAAAGACCAAGUCUGCUCAUAUUGGCUAAUUACUACUCCGAGGGUUGAGUCUCUGAGUUACUAUUAUUCUCCCCUUUUUGCCAUAUUGGACAAUUACGGGACAAUAUACGUCAUUUAUGGCAAGUUUGAUAAGAGUGGGUCCCCCAAGGUUACAACGGACGAAAUCUAUCCAGUGUACUCGUUAUGGGCCACAUUUAUAGGCCUUUACAUUGCAAAUUAUAUUGCGGCGAAGUUAUCAGCGUCAAAGGAAGAAUAUGAGAAGAAGAAGAAGAGAAACAAUGAACAAAUGAAGCCUGAUUUUUCAGAUAUGGUUCCUUGGUAUUCAGGAACAUCAGCUGAUUUAUACAAGACUGUUUUUGACAUUGUGGUAUCAGUAAAUGUCUUUCUAGGUCGCUUUGACAUGCGCAUAUUGCAGGCAGCUACAAGCGUGGUUGAAGGUGUGUCAACAAAUAGAAGGAACAUUCAAGAUGGAGUUCCACAUGAAGAUUUUUUGUAUGAUGUUUAUAGCGAAAAGGAAGAACUAUGGUUUGACUUCAUCGCUGACACUGGCGACGGUGGGAACUCAACUUAUACAGUGGCACGACUACUUGCUCAGCAUAGCAUUACUCUCAGAGAUUGUAAUCUUUCCUUAAAUCGCGGGGACUUACUACUCAUUGGAGGAGAUAUUGCGUAUCCUAACCCGUCACAAAUCACAUAUGAAAGGCGCCUCUUUCGUCCUUUUGACUAUGCUUUUCAGCCGCCACCAUGGGCUGAACAAGCCCGUAUGGCCGUUAACAAGCAUCCGGGGCCUCCUAGGGUUUAUGGACAAGUGACACCAUAUGAAGGGCCUCCAUAUGAAGGGCCUCGAUGUUUUCUUAUUCCCGGAAACCAUGAUUGGUUUGAUGGACUUCAUACCUUUAUGAGGAAUAUAUGCCAUAAGAGCUGGUUGGGUGGGUGGUUUAUGCCUCAGAGGAAGAGUUAUUUUGCAUUGAAACUCCCUAAAGGAUGGUGGGUGUUUGGUCUUGAUCUUGCACUCCAAGAUGAUAUUGAUGUGUACCAAUUCGAAUUCUUCUCAAAACUAGCUCAAGAAAGGGUUGGAGAGAAAGGCACUGUGAUUGUUAUGACGCACCAACCAGAUUGGAUUAUUAAUUGGUACGAUAAAGCUAGUGAUUCUAAGAACAAUGUUUCAGACCUGAUGUGCAAUAUUCUUAAGGAAAGGUGUAAGCUUCGAAUUGCUGGUGACAUACAUCACUAUAUGCACCACUCUGUUAAAUCUGGUGGGUCAGAUGAGCCAGCUUAUGCACCACAUCUACUUGUAAAUGGUUGUGGUGGAGCAUUUUUGCAUCCCACUCAUGUGUUUCGUGAUUUCAAUAAAUCUCAUGGAGUUUCCUAUAAGCUUGAAAAGGCUUAUCCUAGUUUUGAGAUCUCAAGAAGGCUUGCGUUGAAAAAUAUUUUGAACUUUCGAAAGCAGAAUUGGAGAUUUGAUUUUAUUGGUGGCAUCCUAUACUUUAUAUUGGUUUUUUCUAUGUUCCCACAGUGUGAGCUUGGCCACAUCUUUCAAUCAGAUUCAGUUUUCAGUUUCUUGAGGAACUGUUUUGGUACGGUGUUGAAUGCUUUUAUAUACAUGCUGGAUCACUCUUAUGCGUCUCUGGGUGGUUCAAUAUUGUUUCUGCUGGUAGCAAUUGCAUUUACACCCUCCAAAGCGCCAUGGAAGACAAGGAUUGCGAUUGGGAGUUUUCACUUCUCUACACACCUGAUUGUAGCUCUAGUUAUCAUGUUGGUGUUGGAAUUGUCGGUUGAGAUGCUUGUCCGGAAUAAAUUAUUAGCAACUUCAGGUUAUCACUCUCUCUAUCAAUGGUACCAAUCAGUAGAAAGUAGGUACAGUCCACUCCCAAAUGUUGCUCGAGCUUUUUUAGAACAGUGGACAUUUGGCCUUUAUCCUGCAUGUAUCAAGUAUCUCAUGUCUGCAUUUGACGUGCCUGAGCUCAUGGCAGUCACUCGGAGCAACAUAUGUGAGAAAGGGAUGGAAUCUCUAUCUCGACGGGGUGCCAUCAUUUAUUAUUUUUCUGUGUUCCUUUAUUUCUGGAUCUUUUCGACUCAAACAGUUUCCUUGGUGUUUGGAAGCUACUUAUACAUCUGCAUCAACUGGUUUAACUUACACUAUGAUGAAGCCUUCUCUUCUCUUAGGAUUGCUGAUUACAAAGCUUUCACCCGAUUUCACAUCCAAUCAAAUGGUGAUCUUAAAGUCUUCACCCUUGCAGUUGAUAAGGUACCAGAGGAAUGGCAGCAGGAUCCUGAAUGGGAGAAGGAGUCAUCACAAACCUCAGAGGAGUUGAGUCACCGCAGAAAGGUUCCCAGCCAAUGGAAGGCUGCUGCUCCGUCUCUGGACCCCUUAGCUACUGUGAGGAUUAUUGAAGAAUUCGUCAUUUCAAAGAAAGAUCAUAGCCCUAAUAUCAGUGAAACAGAGUGUAGCCAAACAGAAGAAUCGACCUGAAUUUUUUAUCAGAUAGGGGUUUCGAUGUUAGCUUAAUUUGCUGCAAAUUCCGGAAGGUUUUCUUCCACUUGCUGGUUUGUUCCACUGCAGUCCCGUUCUUCGGAAUAGUAGAUUUUGAUGCCGAUGUUAGUUAUAGUGGCGGGUAUGAACAGGGAGACCCUACACAGUGAUUGGAAGAUUGAGGAACGGGGGCCUGUCUCCGUAUAAAUUGCUAUCUGUUUAUGUUGAUGAUGUUUACAUUUCUUAAUUUGAGAUGGAUGACUGUAUGAAUUCAUUAAACUAAUGUUAUGGAGACAACGUAACUUUUGGAUAAGUGUAGUUAGUUAUGAAGUUAUGACUUUUCUCUGGUACUGACGUAUUUAGCAUUACGUACAUUGCUGAUCUCUCUGAUUUUUUGAAA